AUGCGAGCCGUUGUUCAACGCGUUCUCAGUGCAUCGGUCACAGUCGAUGGUGAAACGAUUUCCCAUAUUUCUCGAGGACUGAUGGUUCUUGUGGGUAUCGGUACAGAUGAUACUGCUUCCGAUGCAGAGCUUCUGACCAAAAAGAUACUCUCGCUUCGAAUAUUCUCCGACCCAUCGGCCACUAACAUGUGGAAAGCAAGCGUGAAGGAUAUUGGCGGAGAGGUUCUCUGCGUCUCGCAGUUUACACUCAUGGCAUCCACGAGCAAAGGGAGUAAGCCUGAUUUCCAUCGUGCCAUGGGAUCCGAAUCUUCGAGUGAGCUAUAUUCAGUAUUUCUGGGCAAGAUGCGCGAGGCCUACACUCCAGACAAGAUAAAAGACGGAAAGUUUGGAGCUAUGAUGAACGUCUCACUUACAAACGAGGGCCCUGUGACCUUCACGCUCGAUACACGUAAAUUCGAGUAUGUCGACGCUCGUCCUGGUGCCACGAAAACUCAGGUUGGUGCCGACGGCCGCGCGAAGCAGAAGACGGCGAAGGGAAUGCGGGCUGGAGGAAACAUCGCGGCCAACUCCGUGCCAAAAGGGAGUACGGCUGUAACAUCUACUUCAAGCGUUGAGGUGCCACCGCAAGCUGAUGCGGAUGAGUAAACAGCUGCCGUCUAUAUUCUAGAUAUGUAGUCUUUGUCUCAGUUUCAGAAGGCCUUCCAUCAUACGAGGUCCCCCGAGUGUGUGCAAGGAACCCAGAACUCACUGCUACGUGAAGACCUCCGUUCGAGGUCGGUCAACGUUACUG